ACGAGAGUGUCUCCAAAUUUUCUCUGUCAUGCAAUCAUGCAUCACCAGACAAAAGUCAGAAAAACAAAGAAAAGCCAAAAUAUCUCAUUUCACCCACGUGUCCUCUGCACCUGACUUCUGUGGCAUUUCAUGCAAAUGAGCAGAGGGACCCUUCACCACCACGAGAAAAAAGAGAAACAAAAACUAACCAAAAAGACUAAAGAGCUUCUCAAAAUAGGACCCCGCCUUUUCCACAACUAAUUGCAUGCACCACUCAACACCCCAACAAACAAUGCACCAAAACAACUCUCUUUCUUCUUCUUCUUCUUCUGCUUCUACUUCUUCUUUCUUAUUGUGCUUCUUCUUCGCCAUUCUCAAUUUUUUCUUCUUGUAACAUGGUACUCCGUUCCAAACACACCCCUCGUUCCCCCUCGUACUUACUUCCCUGUGUUCUUGCUCUCUCCCUUUUCUCCCUCACCGGCCUUCUCCUCUACAAGGUUGACGACGUCAUUUCACGGACCGGAACGGUGGUGGGUCACAACCUAGAACCGACGCCGUGGCACGUUUUCCCUCACAAGCCCUUUGACGAGGAGACUCGCCAGCAGCGUGCGUACAAAAUCCUGCAGUGCUCCUACUUGACGUGCCGUUAUGCGGCCGCAGACAGCGGUGAAGCACGGCGGAAGUUCCCCGGCGGCGGGGGGGAGUGUCCGGACUUUUUCGGAGCGAUCCGGAGGGACCUGGAGCCGUGGAUGGAGAGCCGAAUCACGGAGGGGCACGUGGCGGGGGCGCAGCGGCUCGCGGCGUUCAGAGUAGUGAUUGUUGACGGGAAGAUGUUUGUGGAUUGGUACUAUGCGUGUGUGCAGAGUAGGGCGAUGUUCACUCUGUGGGGUUUGUUGCAGCUUAUGAAGAGAUACCCUGGAAAGGUUCCUGAUGUGGAUAUGAUGUUUGAUUGCAUGGAUAAGCCAACUGUUAACAGGAUUGAAUACCAAGGAAUGCCUGUGCCUCUCUUUCGGUAUUGCACCACAAAGGAACACUUUGACAUCCCUUUUCCGGAUUGGUCUUUCUGGGGUUGGUCAGAGAUAAACAUACGACCCUGGAAUGAAGAGUUCCCAGAUAUUAAGAGAGGUUCUCAAAGGAUUAGUUGGAGAAAUAGGGUACCACGGGCAUACUGGAAAGGAAACCCAGAUGUUUCAUCUCCUAUUCGUGUUGAGUUACUAAGCUGUAAUCAUUCUAGGAAAUGGGGAGCACAAAUUAUGCGUCAGGAUUGGGAUGAAGCAGCUAGGGAUGGCUUUAAGGAGUCAAGACUUGCUGAUCAGUGUCAUCACCGGUAUAAGAUCUAUGCUGAAGGGUAUGCAUGGUCUGUGAGUUUGAAAUAUAUUCUGGCUUGUGAUUCUGUUGCAUUACUUAUAGCACCCCAGUAUGAAGAUUUUUUCAGCCGUGGCCUUGUUCCAGAGCAUAACUUUUGGCCUGUUGAUCCCUUAAAACUAUGUCCAUCUAUAAAGUAUGCCGUAGAAUGGGGAAAUCAACACUUAGAAGAGGCAGAGGCUAUAGGGAGAAGAGGACAGGAAUUUAUGGAAAGCUUGACCAUUGAUCGAAUUUAUGAAUACAUGUUCCACCUUAUUUAUGAGUACUCAAAACUUCAAGACUUCAAGCCUACUCCACCACCAACUUCGCUGGAAGUUUGUGAAGAAUCUCUGCUUUGCUUUGCUGAUGAGAAGCAGAGGGCGUUUCUCCGUAGAUCAACUGCAUCCCCUGCGCCAACCCCUCCCUGCAAUCUCAAGCCUCCUCCAUAGGGUUAUCUCAUCUAUAGUUUACCACCACCAAAAUACUAAGGAUGUGCAAUAUCCAACAACAGGGAAUCAUGGUUCCUGACAUCACAACAAACUGCACAUUUUUAAUUAUUGUAAAAAUAUAGUGCCUUGUAGUUAUAAUUUACAAGAUUUAGUUUAGAGAUAGGUCAUCCUUUCAUUCUUUUCUUGCACUUUUCUUUCUUUUUGUAAAUUUCUUAAAUCACAAUCAAAAUAAGAUGAAUCAGUUUGAGCCAA